UUGACUUGACAUCGCCUUCCCAAGGAUGCCAGAACCCUGCUGAAAAUCCCUAAAAGAGUGGAAGUAGUUGAUCUGUGUGGUGGACAAUAUGCCUACUUUGGUAUUGCAUCAGGAGUACUGAAGGUUUUAUCCCAGAAUUCUGUUUUCCAUGAAGACCGAAUAGAUCUGUGCUUUAACAUUGAUGGCAUUCCAUUAUUUAAAUCAUCAAGUCUGCAAAUGUGGCCAAUCCUGUGCAGUUUUCAUGAUUUUGCACCCUUCAUUGUGGCACUCUGUUGUGGAAAAGCAAAACCGAGCCCAGUUAAAGAUUACCUCUCUGAUUUUCUACAGGAGUUCCAGCAACUUAUGCAAGAUGGCAUAGUCCAUGGAGAGAAAGCACUGCAAGUGACUGUAAAAUCCUUUGUUUGUGAUGCACCAGCUCGAUCAUUCCUGAAAUGCAUAAAGAAUCACAAUAGCUACUUCGCAUGUGAGCGCUGCACAGUUAAAGGCACCUAUGUGGGACGAGUUGUUCUUGGUGCUACAUCGCCUGGUGUUGUUGCAAGGUCUGAAGCAGAUUUCAGUAGACUUGCCUACAAAGACCAUCAAAUUGAGAAAUCCCCACUGACACUAGCUGGAAUUCCAUGUGUUCAGCCAUUUGCAUUGGACUACAUGCACUUGGUGUGUUUGGGUGUAGUUAGGAGAAUGCUUCACUAUAUGCAGAGAGGACCCCACACAUGCAGACUGUCAUUUCAGCAAAGGAGUGACAUUUCAGAUAAACUAAAGGCAUUGAAUGGAGAACUACCUAGUGAGUUUGCAUGGCAACCUAGGACUUUACUGGAAUUGGACAGAUGGAAGGCUAUGGAACUUAGACAGUUUCUCCUUUAUACUGGACCAGUGGUUCUAAGAAAAGUGGUUUCACAUGCUGUAUACAAACACUUUCUUUCCUUGAUGGUUGCGGUGUCUGUCCUUUUGAAUUCGGAUGAUGCAGACCGUAAGGAACACUUAGACUAUGCCCGAGAGCUACUCAUGUACUAUGUGAAGAAGUGUGAGGCUAUAUAUGGAAACACCUUUGCUGUAUACAAUGUUCAUUCACUAAUUCACUUACCAGAUGAUGUGGAACACUUCAACUGUUCACUGAAUGGGAUUUCAUGCUUUCCAUUUGAGAACUACCUGCAGACUCUAAAGAAAAUGGUCAGACAAUCUCGCAAUCCUAUAGCCCAAGUUGCCAAGCGUCUAGCAGAACUAGAAAAUUCUACAAAAUCUAGGCCUUUUACCAAAGAGAGCUUUACUCGCUUAUCCACAAGGCCAAGAGAUUGUUGUUUCAUCCUUCAGAACAAGGACUAUGUCUUUGUGAAGGAAAUGCAUGAAGACGGCACCUUGGUUUGCGAUGUGCUACACCAAUGCAAAACAGAGAGUUUCUUCACUGAUCCUUGUGAUUCUAAACUGCUCAACAUCGUCCGUGUUAGAGAUAUCAGUAGAACUACACAUCGACUGAUCAGCAAACAGCAGUUGAUUCGUAAAGUUGUCUGUCUGCCAGCCAACCCUGGUGAAGCUGACACAGGAUUCAUUUUGUUCCCCAUGUUGCAUGAAAUAGAACGUAACUGAAUUGUACAUGAUGUAGGUCAGGGGGGUUUGGAAAGAGCCAAAUGGAGAGGAGGAGGGAGUCAUCCCAGAGGUUUGGGUCAAGGACAACAUGGUACACUGGCCACCAGGGGCUAAUGUAACUAAAGCAGCUAAAGAAAUGCGAACGCCAACAAGUAGCUGGAAAAUGUUUCCUCUGCUGAAAAUCAAAUUCAAGUCAAUUGAGUUUACAUCCAUUUUUAAAAGCGAAAUUGUUUUUUCUACUAAUCAAAUCAAUAAAGGUAUUAAAAGCUUGUUUGUUUUCUAUUUACACUGGCCACCAGGGGCUAAUUUAACUAAAGCAGCUAAAGAGAUGCGAACGCCAACAAGUAGCUGGAAAAUGUUUCCACUGCUGAAAAUCAAAUUCAAGUCAAUUGAGUUUACAUCCAUUUUUAAAAGCGAAAUUGUUUUUUCUACUAAUCAAAUCAAUAAAGGUAUUAAAAGCUUGUUUGUUUUCUAUUUACUUCAGAUAAUCAGGAAAUGUGUGAAGCCUUUGACCAAGCAAGUACUGCAGAGCUCAGUGAGGAAGAAUGUGGUCCUGUCAAGAGGGUAUCAAAGAAAAAAAUAUACCCAGGGUUUAUUUUAGAUGAGGAUGAGCAUGAAAGCAGGACGAAGCAGAUCGGUGGUUUUUGGAACAAAAAUAUUCAUAUUUCAAAAGUUACAAACACAAAUCAGCAGCUUCUGGUGACAGCGAGUCUACAUUGACCUCCAUUGUAGAAAAGGAAACUACAAUGCAAGUCAAUGUAGACUCACUGGAAGCUGGUGUACUUCUUCCAGCCAAUUAGAAUAGAGUAUUUAGAGAGACCAUGGUAUAAGUAAGGAACAAUUAAUGACGAGCCGUCCAGUUAUACUCAUAUAAUGCACACUCGAGGUAAUGCUGCCACGACGCACAUUGAGUGUGCAUUUUAAGUAUAAUUGAACGGACAGGAGUCAAUUAUUCCUCUUGCCACACCACAAAACAUUGUUCAAGUGUUUAAUUUCAGAUUAUAAUAAAUGUUGCCCUGCGGUAGGAAAAUCUGACAGGGUAGGACAAUUUGAACACCGGUACAGCCUCCGCGAGCGUAAGAUUUUGCUUUGCCGAUGCAGCUCAUCUUUCUCCUGGUCUAUCUCUGUGGCAACCGGCAGAAAACAGCAGCACAUAUUCAACAAAACAGCGUUUCCUGAAUUCUGCCACUGUUACUGACUGCCUGGGAAUAUGAACAACAUAACGUUAAUUAAAUGUGUGAAUUAUGUUAUACCUAUGCCACCUUUAGUUAAAAUGGGUAGCACUUAUCAUCAGUUUAAUUUUUCAUCCGAAAAACAAAAAGUUGGACAUUGAAAAAUUGGAUUCAGUUUUUCUGUUUUCCUGCUGUUGCAGCUCACUUGAAAAGAAUGGUGAGGAUGAUCACUGAGCCACUAGAUGGUUAUCCAUGCUUAUUUAAAAAGUUAAUUACUUUGUGAACAGUACAUGUACAAGUGAUGCUUGCUGAAAAAUGUAUGCUGUAUUUUAAUGUCUUAAAAUGAGUGCUAAUUGUGGCUUUAUAUUCAUUAAGGUGCUGUACAGCAGUCGAAACCUUCUGCGUCAGAGGCCGAAAUAAAGAAAUACAUGGGCAGCUAUCUCCGGUCUGCUCCCGAUAGAUAUGGGGGUAUGGGACGGCAAAAGGGGAAAUCGGCCAUUGAGGUCUGUUCUGAAUAAGUAGAAUGCACCUAUUGUUUAUCUACAAUGUUUCUUUUCAUUAAUUUGUUUAUCUACGAAACAAAUUACAAAACUGGUUUUAUUUUAAUUUAACUUGCUCUUUGUUUUUAAAGGUCUUGAGAGCUUUGAUGUAAAAACCUGUAAUAUGUCUGUUGUGAUGACACAAAAUGCAAUAUUGUUCAUCAAUUAAGAUUUAUAUCAGAUUAAAAUUUAUAUAUAAAAUUCUGAUAUAAACCAGUGGAUUU